AACGCACUGAGCGUCGACGGAGGAGGCAGUGCUUCGCGCGCCUUGGCUUUCUGGCCCUUGCGGGCCGCCGCCGUCGUCGCCGUCGCCCCGACGCGGUGACGUCGCCGUCGCGUCGUGGGCGGGGCUUGGCCUCCCCUCAGGGAGGAGGAGGAGGGAGGAGGGGACAAGAUGGCGGAGGCUUCGCCGCAGCCGGGACGCUACUUCUGCCACUGCUGCUCGGCCGAGAUCGCCCCGCGCUUGCCGGUGAGUCCCGGGGGGCCGCGGGCCGGCGCUUCCCCACCCGCUCCGGGGACGGAGGACCCGCCGCUCCGCAACGCCCGGCGGGGGAGGCCGGUAGACUGCGCUGCCGGGGGGAGGCUCCACUACGCGAGGAGGGCGCCUGGGCCUACUAGGGGGGGGAGGGGGAGGCGGGGGGAGGGGUUCUCCCUAAGCCCCGCCCCAAUUAAGAGGAGGGGAGGGGUAGACUGCUCUUUGCCCUGGAGGCUCCACUCCUUCUCCCCUUAUAUAAGUCCUUUUCUGGGGGGGGGUCUCUCCCAAGCCCCCCCCCAAUUAAGAGGAGGGGAGGGGUAGACUGCUCUUUGCCCUGGAGGCUCCGCUCCUUCUCCCCUUAUAUAGGUCCUUUUCUGGGGGGGGGGGGUUCUCUCCCAAGGCCCCCCCCCCCAAUUAAGAGGAGGGGAGGGGUAGACUGCUCUUUGCCCUGGUCCUUUUCUGGGGGCUUCUCUCCUAGCCUCCCAAUUAAGAGGAGGGGAGGGGUAGACUGCUCUUUGCCCUGGUCCUUUUCUGGGGGGGGUUUCUCUCCCAAGCCCCCCCCCCAAUUAAGAGGAGGGGAGGGGUAGACUGCUCUUUGCCCUGAGCUCCGUUCUUCUGCGGGCUUCUCUCCAAGCCCCCUAUUAAGAGGAGGAUGUUUGCAGUGGACUGCUCUUGCCCUGGUCCAUGUCAGGUAGGUGCCUCUCAAGCAUUUGCCAAUUGGGAGGAGGAUAGUGUGGACUGCUCUUUGCCCCCUCCAGGUGCCAUUCGCCUUAUAUAGGUCCUGGUUCUCUGGGGGUGUUCUUCGGGGGCCCCCAUGUUUGCAGAGGAGGGUUUGCCCAUCAGGGUAGACAUGCGCUUGGGCCCGGAGGCUGCUGCCCUCUCUUCUCUCCUAUAGGUCCUUUUGCUGGGGGUAGUCAGCUCUCCCACCUGGAGCCUCGCACUACAGGAGGAGAGGGUAGACUGCUCUUUGCCCUGGGGGCUCGCGCCUUCUCCGUAUAGAGGUCCUUGACUGGGGGGUUCUCUCCCAAGGCCCCCCCAUUAAGAGGAGGGGAGGGGUAGACUGCCCUUUGCCCCGGAGGCUCCGCUCCUUCUGCCCUUAUAUAAGUCCUUUUUAGGGGGGGCAUGUUUGCAGUGGACGCUUUUCCCCAUCCAGGUAGGUAGGUGCCUUGUCAUUUUUGUUAUUGGGGGCAGGAUAGUGUGGGCUCCCCUCCUUUCCCCCCUCCAGGUGCCAUUGCAAGGCUGGUUCUCUGGGGGGGGUGUUAUUUGGGGGGACAUGUUUGCAGUGGAGGGUUUUGCCCAUCAAGGUAAACAUGGGUUGGGUGGGGAGGUGUUGCCCUCCCUCCUUGUCUCCUCUUUUUUGGGGGGGGGUAGACUGUUCUUUGCCCUGGAGGCUCCACUGCUGGAUGUUGCUUCCUCCCAUUUAUAUAAGUCCUUUCUUGCAGGGGGUGUUUUGGGCCUGUUUGCAACGGAGGGUUUUGCCCCCUUGCUUUGGUAAACGGGGGGGGGGGGGCGGGGCUCCUCUAAAAGUGGUGGAGUUGUGUCCGUCGUUGGGGGCGCCCAUCCCAGUUGCUGGCCAAGGGGGGGUCUCCCUCCCGUCUCCUCCAAACGCAAGCCUUGCCGCUGUAUGUGGGUUGGCUGGGUUGGGGGUGUUGAACCCCCACCUCUCUUCUCCCCUCUUCCCUCCCAGUUUGUCAAGCGAAGGUAGACUUCUCUUUCCCAAGGACGUUCCACUUAAUAAGGGCAUUGAUUAUACAGCAGGCCACCUAGAAUCAUAGAAUCCUAGAGUUGGAAGAGACCACAAGGGCCAUCGAGUCCAACCCCCUGCCAAGCAGGAAACACCAUCAGAGCACUCCUGACAUAUGGUUGUCAAGCCUCUGCUUAAAGACCUCCAAAGAAGGAGACUCCACCACACUCCUUGGCAGCAAAUUCCACUGUCAAACAGCUCUUACUGUCAGGAAGUUCUUCCUAAUGUUUAGGUGGAAUCUUCUUUCUUGUAGUUUGGAUCCAUUGCUCCGUGUCCGCUUCUCUGGAGCAGCAGAAAACAACCUUUCUCCCUCCUCUAUGUGACAUCCUUUUAUAUAUUUGACCAUGGCUAUCAUAUCACCCCUUAACCUCCUCUUCUCCAGGCUAAACAUGCCCAGCUCCCUUAGCCGUUCCUCAUAAGGCAUCGUUUCCAGGCCUUUGACCAUUUUGGUUGCCCUCCUCUGGACACGUUCCAGUUUGUCAGUGUCCUUCUUGAACUGUGGUGCCCAGAACAGGACACAGUACUCCAGGUGAGGUCUGACCAGAGCAGAAUACAGUGGCACUAUUACUUCCCUUGAUCUAGAUGCUAUACUCCUAUUGAUGCAGCCCAGAAUUGCAUUGGCUUUUUUAGCUGCCGCGUCACACUGUUGGCUCAUGUCAAGUUUGUGGUCAACCAAGACUCCUAGACCUAUCAGGAGUCCUGUUUGGCCUACUGUUUUUAAGUUGUAUUUCAAUCAAUUGUUUUAUAUCUGGUGUUAGCCGCCCUGAGCCCAGUCUUGGCUGGGGAGGGCGGGGUAUAAAUACAAUUUAUUAUUAUUUAUUAUUACGAGCAGUGCCUGAAAAUAACAGCUUCCCCUCUUCGCCUGCCAGCAGCUGGUAUGCAGGGAUAGACUAUGCUGGAACACAGAGGUUCCAUUCUGCGUUUGCAGAUGAAAUCGACUCAGUCAGCAUGACUUCGGUCUUUUCCAAGGCUUGCUUUCUCUUUCUCUUCCACUAUCUCUUUCUCGGCCUUGCCCGCCCAUGUGUUUUUCCUCAACUGCUGGCUGAAAAGAAAAAUCCCGGAACGUUUUAUCCUUUUCUCCCUCUGCCACCCCCCCCCAAAAAAACCCCCUGGCAGUUGUGCAUGGAGCUGUGGCCGUGCCGAAAUAUAUUUAUUUUUGCAGAAUUAGAACGGGAGCUCUGGAAAGGUCCCAGCCGGUCAUCCAGUCCCAAGCCUCUCGCAACACAUUUUAUUUAUUUUGAAAAAGUGCAGGCGGUUUGAUCGAACGGUACCCAAAGUGACCAAUGUUGAACAUGGGGAACUCCUCGCCUAUAAGGAAAGGCUUUUUGGGUGGGGGCUGAGUUCAGGGAAAAUGCGACUGACAGUGUGCAAAACAAUGCGCUGUAGGGAAAAGUACCGUAUUUUUCGCUCUAUAAGAUGCACCAGACCACAAGACGCACCUAGUUUUUGGAGGAGGAAAACAAGAAAAAAAUAUUCUGAAUCCCAGAAGCCAGAACAGCAAGAGGGAUCGCUGCGCAGCGAAAGCAGCAAUCCCUCUUGCUGUUCUGGCUUCUGGGAUAGCUGCGCAGCCUGCAUUCGCCCCAUAAGACGCACACACACUUCCCCUUUUUAGGAGGGAAAAAGUGAGUCUUAUAGAGCAAAAAAUACAGUAUAUUUUACCCGCCUUCCUCAUAACCCUAGAAUUCAUGUAAGUCCAAGGAAGCUGAAUGUCAGGAGAUUUUUGGGAUGGCUAAAAGGGAAGUUCUCCUCCAGGCAUCAGUGAGUUGAACUCCUCGAGAGGUGCGGAGGGUGGCAACACAAAAACGGGGCCUUCUCUGCAGUGGCUCCCUGUUUGUGGGAAUGCUGUCCCCAGGGAAGUUCACCUGGUGCCUUCAUUAUACACCUUUAGGCGCCAGGCAAAUCAGUUGGUUGAACUGAUUUACAUCCUAUGCCCUUUUAAAAUGUGGGUUUUUUUGUAGGAGUGGGGCUGUUGGGUUGUUGCUUUUACUUGUAUUGUGUGUUUUGUGGUUUUUAUACCUUGAUUUUAUUCCGUGAACCGCCCUGAGACCCCUGUGUAUAGGGUGGUAAAGGUAAAGAGACCCCUAACCAUUAGGUCCAGUCGUGGACGACUCUGGGGUUGCGGCGCUCAUCUCGCUUUACUGGCCAAGGGAGCCGGCGUACAGCUUCCGGGUCAUGUGGCCAGCAGGACUAAGCCGCUUCUGGCGAACCAGAGCAGCGCACGGAAAUGCCGUUUACCUUCCCGCCGGAGCAGUACCUAUUUAUCUACUUGCACUCUGAGGUGCUUUCGAACUGCUAGGUGGGCAGGAGCAGGGACCGAGCAACGGGAGCUCACACUGUGGCGGGGAUUCGAAUCACCGACCUGAUCGGCAAGUCCUAGGCUCUGUGGUUUAACCCACAGCGCUACCCGCCUCCUGUAUAGGGCGGUAUAUAAUAACAAAAACCUAUGGAACUCAUUGCCACAGGACCGAUCCGAGGAGGAGGAGGCUGGCAAUGGGUACCAACCAUAAUGGCUGUGUUCUCCUUCUGAAUACCAAUUGGGGGGGUGUUGCAGUUUUGCUCAGGCCCUGCUCAGGGGGCUUCCCAUCUGGCUGGCCCCUGCGGGGACAGGAAGCUGGGCCCGAUCCAGCUCGCAGGCCUUUCCCGAGGUUCACGCGUCCAGGAUGAUGGGAAAUGUAGUCCUCAACUAGAGCUUCCGUGUUUGCAAAAAAAGCGAAAAUCCGGACGCAAAAACGGCCGAGCUUUCUUUUGGUGCCGUUGAGCUCGUUUUGAAAAAUCUCGGAGCUUAUUGAGCUGGGCGUUUGGACUGAUUUUCUAAAAUUCCACCCGGACGCUUUUUCUGCUGAACGGAUCCCGAAUACGUCCAGGAAGCUCUGGGCGUGCGGCAGCCAGCAUCAGAAAUUUGCCUGGCAUGUUUUGCGUCCGCUGCGGGCCCACUUGCGGCCCUGUGAAGAUCUCUGGGCGCCUGAUUCUUGUGACAGACAUUUCCCCCUGACCGACCCCCUCCAGAUUUCUUAAGCCAUUAAGCAGAAGAGCUUCUUUAAAAAAUAAUAAUCUGUCAUUGUUGCCUUCCUUGCAGCGCUCAAUUACAUGCUGGAGAUAAUAGUCUUGUUUAGAUUUUGUUUUCCAUAAAGGGCAUAAUUUAACCGCACUGAGAGUACAAGUUGCGCUGGCCGUUUCGCCUUAGUCUGGUUGGGCAAUGAGGGAUUGUCUGGAGAAGCAAUUGAGUUGCAGGAGGGAGAGCAGGCCUGUUAGCAUAAAGCCCCCUUCCUCUCCCCGGGGCUUAGGCUGCGUAUAAGUAGCUGCUCGCCUUUGGGUGAGUACAGAACGCUUGCAGGCGACUAGCCAAGGCGGAUCUGUGCACCCCGGCGCCGCAUAUGUUUAAUACAGCCCUGUAUACAGUCAAGGGAGGGACGCGGGUGGCGCUGUGGGUUAAACCACAGAGCCUAGGACUUGCCGAUCAGAAGGUAGGCGGUUCGAAUCCCUGCAACAGCCUGAGCUCCCGUUGCUCGGGCCCUGCUCCUGCCAACCUAGCAGUUCGAAAGCACCUCAAAGUGCAAGUAGAUAAAUAGGUACCGCUCCGGCGGGAAGGUAAACAGCAUUUCCGUGCGCUGCUCUGGUUCGCCAGAAGCGGCUUAGUCCUGCUGGCCACAUGACCUGGAAGCUGUACGCCGGCUCCCUCGGCCAAUAGAGAUGAGCACUGCAACCCCAGAGUCGGCCACGACUGGACCUAAUGGUCAGGGGUCCCUUUACCUUAUACAGUCAAACCUCGGUUGUCGAACGUAAUCCUGUUUGGCUUCCGAAACGUUCGACAACCGAGGCACGGCUUCUGGUUGGUUGCAGGAGCUUUCUGCACUCAGCAGAAGCAAAAAAAGUACAGCACAAAAUGAAAGUGAAAAUAACAGAGAGCCCCAGGCAGACCUAGCCUGUCUCCAGAGCAAACGGCUUUGAAGAAUAAAGAUAGUGGGAAAACGACUUCCGCCUACGAGUAGACCUGAGAACCUUUUAAACACGAGGAUGUAGCAGAAUGGCGGCUUGCGUACUUUGUAAAACUUCAUUCCCAGACCAAAAAGGUUGGGAGAUAAAUGCCAUAGAGGAGCUGUUCUUCUUACCUGCUAAAUAGAGACAUCGGGCGGAAAUUUGGCACCUGAACAUCUUCCAUGUGGUCACAUUUGGACCUGCGCCAGUAUAUUAGGGGGUGGCCAGGCUACGGAGGGAGUGGGCUUCGGGCGGUUCUUUGGGGAAUGAGGAGGCCUUGCGCGAAACGCCGACGAUUCGCCGUAUAUAGCCUGGUCUGGAAUUCCGAAAUCGACACCACCAUGUCGAUUUCGAACCGGUUUCGGGACGAUUCGCCGAUACAUCGCCCAGCCCUCCACCCCAUCGUCCAGCCCGGACACCAGGGUCCAGCUCCGAGGGCCUUCUGACGGUUCCCUCCCUGCAAGAAGUGAGGUUACAGGGAACCAGGCAGAGGGCCUUUUCGGUGGUGGCGCCCUCCGUUCAGAUGUCGAGGAAAUAAAUAACUAUCUGGCUUUUAGAAGACAUCUGAAGGCAGCCCUGUUUAGUGAAGCUUUUAAUGUUUGGAGUUUUAUUGUAUUUUUAAUAUUUUGUUGGAAGCCGCCCAGAAUGGCUGGGGAAACCCAGCCAGAUGGGCAGGGUAUAAAUAAAUUACUAUUAUUAUUAUUAGUAUUACUGCUGUAAGCAUUUGCAAGGAAUCUCCUUGCAAAAGGAAGAAGGUUCUCAGCCCUUUUAAAGGGACAAGCCUUGGUCACGGCAAACAUCAAUUCUUAAAUGCGGGUUACAUCUUGCAAGCGCCCCAUCUUUCUCUGGGUGCGAGAGAGUCCUAAUUGCGUGCAUUUAUUGUUGUUGUUUUCUAAAGCUGAUUUGCACUGUUUUUCCCCCCCCUGCAGGACUACAUCUGCCCGCGGUGCGAAUCUGGCUUUAUUGAAGAGUUGCCGGAAGAACCUAGGUAAAGCCCAACUCUCUGAUUGGGGACAAAAUGAGAUUUUGCCGGUUUGCAGUUUUGGGUCCAGGGCAGGGUCCCCUUUUCAGGCUGCAUUCGGGCAGUGGGCGGCGGUCAGACCCCCAGAUGGCUACAGCUUGUGGGCAGACAGCCUUGGGGGACAAGGAAGAGGAACGACGAGUCCUUAAUUAAUGCUUGACUGUUGUCAAGCACAGACCAAUCUCGGAUUGAAGGGCACAGGUUCACCACAAGUAGUUAGUCAACAUUAAGGAAUCGGCAGCCUUGAGAGAGAUAGAGAAAAAAACCCAGACUUGUUCAGAGUUUCUCCUGCCUUGGAGGUGUUUUUUUAAGCAAGGGUCCACGCUGCUUUCUUGCCUGCUUGCCUUCAGCUCGCUCUUCUAUCUCAAAAUCUUUUCAGGAACGUCGAAAAUGGAUCCAACUCUUCGGCGUCGACCAGCGAGCAGAGCAGGCACCCGUUCGAGGUGAGGCACCAAGUGUGGCAGGCCGAUUCUGCACUGUCGCGUUUUUGCCAGAAUUUGGAAGCUGGGAGGGAACGGAUGGAGUUGGGUUGCUGGCGAAAUAGCCACUCGCCUUUGGGCGAGUUGGGGUCAUUUCCAGGCGACUAGCUUUGCCCGGUGGAGGUUAUCUUUGGCUGGAAGCAGAGGCCUCUGCCUGAUCUUUUUUGUGAACCGCCCUGAGACCUCCAGGUAUAGGGCUGUAUAUAAAUUACCGUAUCUUUUGCUCUAUAAGACUCACUUUUUCCCUCCUAAAAAGUAAGGGGAAACGUGUGUGCGUCUUAUGGAGCGAAUGCAGGCUGCGCAGCUAUCCCAGAAGCCAGAACAGCAAGAGGGAUUGAUGCUUUCACUGCGCAGCGAUCCCUCUUGCUGUUCUGGCUUCGGAGAUUCAGAAUAUUUUUUUCCUUGUUUUCCUCCCCCCAAAACUAGAUGCGUCUUGUGGUCUGGUGCGUCUUAUAGAGCGAAAAAUACGGUGAUGAAUUAAUGAGGGCAGCGUACCUUUCUGGGGCGGGGCGUCCCAGGGCUAGGCGGGGUCAGAGGCAGGAGUAGGCGGAGCUAGAACCUCGCACCUGUACACAAGGCGUCUUCCCAACGCCCCUGACCCUCUCCCCUUCCGCUCCAGAACGCCGACCAGCACUUAUUCACCCUGCCCCAGGGCUACGGGCAGUUCGCCUUUGGCAUCAUCGACGACACCUUCGAGUUCCCGGCCUUCGGGUCCAACGCUCAGCCCGAGGACAACCGGGACGCGGAGAACCGGCGCGAGAGGGAACACCAGUCCCGGCACAGAUACGGCACCAGGCAGCCCCGGGCGAGGUUCACGGCGCGGAGGGCCGCCGGCAGGCACGAAGGCGUCCCCACGCUGGAAGGGUGAGAGGACACGACUCCAACAUAGCUGUCAACCGUCCCUUAUUUGGCGGGACAGUCCCUUAUUCCUGCGCCGUGUCCCACUGCUGUCCCUUAUUGAUGAUGUCCCUUAAAUUUCCCGGGUUUCAAAGGAAGCAGCUCCUCUCCCUCCCUCCCUGCCGGCCAAGGAGGUGGGAGGCUCCAACUGUGUUGCUUGGCUGCCCGGCCCGCCCCCCUCCGGCCUCCUCUCACCAGCCUUGGCCUCUGGGAGCCCCUCCCCGCCAGGACUGGUGGGAGCCUCGGGCCCUUCCGCCGCCAUCCUCCUCGCGGCCACCGAACUGGGCAUCUCUGCCUGGGGCCUCCCCUCUGCCCACCGCCCCUCCCACUAGGCCAUACUGCAAUUGCGCCACCGAAGGACCCGGAUGAGAUGGGCAGCCUGGUGCAGCCUAUGAAUUGCUGAGGAGCCCUGAGAGGAGAGCGAGGGCAACCAUGGAGAAAGCAGUUCAGAGGAGGCGGAGGCGGAGGCGCCGGCAGGUGUACCAAGGGCUAACCAUACAGUGGUACCUCGCAAGACGAAUGCCUCGCAAGACGAAAAACUCGCUAGACGAAAGGGUUUUUCGUUUUUUGAGCUGCUUCGCAAGACGAUUUUCCCUACGGGCUUGCUUCGCAAGACGGAAACGUCUUGCAAGUUUGUUUCCUUUUUCUUAACACCGUUAAUACCGUUGCGACUUGACUUCGAGGAGCAACUCAUAGAACGCUGUGUGGUAGCCUUUUCUGAGGUUUUUAAAGACUUUGGUGAUUUCUGAAGCUUUUCCAAAACUUUCCCGACACCGUGCUUCGCAAGACGAAAAAAACCGCAAGACGACAAAACUCGCGGAACGAAUUAAUUUCGUCUUGCGAGGCACCACUGUAUUGGGAGAAAGCGGAGGAAGGACCGCAAGCGCUUCUCCCAUAGAUUUGGGGUGGUAGACUAGCAUAGAUGGUCUGAUCUGCGGGUUUACUUCGGGCGCUAUUUCCCCCCCCAUCCUCCCGCCCCGCCUGAUGGAACUGAGAGCUGCAGAUGGAUCAUGAGAGAAAAGAUACAGGCACGAUGGUCAGGAUUGGUGCUGGGUCGGAGUCCCAAAGCCUUGAAGAGCGGCGUUCGCGAGUUUUCCUCUUUCUCCCGGCAGUCGGCUCACUUUUCCUUCUCUCCACCUCCCUCCUCUUUCUGCAGAAUCAUUCAGCAACUGGUAAACGGCAUCAUCGCCCCCACCACGAUACCGAACCUAGGCGUGGGGCCUUGGUGAGUUCCCGCCCCCCCCCCCAUUCCGUCCUUUUUCCCAGAGGCCUUUUGGUCCCGGCGGAAAUCUUAACCCUUCCUCUCUGCUUCUCCCCCCCCCCAAACCCUAUUUAUCGUUACGUUCCUGAAGGGGAGUCCUGCAUUCGAAUCCGAUGGACUACGCCUGGGGAGCCAACGGCUUGGACGCCAUCAUUACCCAGGUAAAACCUCUCUGCCCUUCCGGGGGGAAUUGUUGGUUUCGAAAUCUGCGUCACUUCCGUCUUCUGCGGAGUCACUGUCCGCAUUUCCAAAACGAAAAUAAAAAUUUUGACCUACAACUUGGAGCUUUGACCUACAACUUGGAGCUUACCGUAUUUUUUGCUCUAGAAGACUCACUUUCCCCCUCAUAAAAAGUAAAGGGAAAUGUGUGUGCGUCUUAUGGAGCAAAUGCAGGCUGCGCAGCUAUCCCAGAAGCCAGAACAGCAAGAGGGAUCGCUGCUUUCGCUGCGCAGCGAUCCCUCUUGCUCUUCUGGCUUCUGAGAUUCAGAAUAUCUUUUUUCCUUGUUUUCCUCCUCCAAAAACUAGGUGCGUCUUGUGGUCUGGUGCGUCUUAGGGAGCGAAAAAUACGGUAGCUAUACCACCAAGAAGCCCAGGUUAAAUAAAACCUCCAUGUACAGAAGUAUGCUGCCAUUGAAUCUCAGCUUCUCAGGCCUAAAAGUGGGGGAAGGUUGAUAGCCAUAGAUCGCCUCUGUCCAUAUGAACCGACCCAGACCCAUAGACCAGGUGGCUGGGGGGUAGCCUGCUCUGGAUGGGGUCGCACUUCCCCUGAAGGAGCAGGUUCAUAGCUUGGGGGUCCUCUGGAUCCUUUGCCGUCGCUCCAGGCUCAGGUGGCCUCAGUGGCCCGGAGUGCCUUCCAUCAGCUUCGGCUGGUGGCCCAGCUAAGCCCCUAUAACAAAUAAUAAUAAUUUUUAUUUAUAUCCCGCCCUCCCCAGCCGAAGCCGGGCUCGGGGCGGCUAACAACAACAAAAUAAUACAACAUUCUAAAAUCAUUUCAUUAUAAAAUUAAUUCAAAUCAAAUUGGUGGCAACCAUUGGGCUAGAGUUCUGUGAAGAUUGCCAAAGGAGGGAGUCAGGCUGUGCCCUGGCCAAAGGCCUGGUGGAACAGCUCUGUCUUGCAGGCCCUGCGGAAAGAUGUCAAGUCCCGCAGGGCGCUAGUCUCUUGGGGCAGAGCGUUCCACCAGAUCAGAGCCACAGCCGAAAAAGCCCUGGCUCUGGUUGAGGCCAGCCUAACCUCUCUGUGGCCUUCAGGAUGUUUUUGUUUGAAGAUUGUAAGUUCCUCUGUGGGACAUACCAGAAGAGGCGGUCCUGUAGGUAUCUGGACAGGGAUGGCCUAACUACUGUUGUCUGUGCUCUGGUAGCCUCAAGGUUAGAUUACUGCAACGCAUUCUACAUAGGGCUGUCUCUGGAGACAGUUCGGAAACUUCAGCCAGUGCAGAAUUCAGCGGCCAGGUUGCUCACCGGACAGCAAGACGGUUUGAGCAUAUUACCCCGAUGCCGGUCCGACUGCACUGGCUACCGAUCAGUUUCCAGGCCCAAUUCAAAGUGCUGGUUUUGACCUAUAAAGCCUUAAGCUGCUCAGGACCGCAAUACCUCAAGGACCGCCUCUUCCCAUAUGAACCUACCCAGACCCUGAGAUCAUCCUCUGAGGCCCUCCUUCGUGUGCCCCCUCCACGAGAGGUCCGGAGGGUGGCAACACGAGAGCGGGGCCUUCUCUGCAGUGGCUCCCCGUCUGUGGAACGCUCUCCCCAGGGAGUCUCACCCGGCGCCUUCAUUAGACACCAGGCAAAAACAUUCCUCUUCCACUGGGUCUUCAGCUAAUUGACACCCUAUAUCCUUUUAAAUGUGUUUCUGGGACUGGGAAAUGAUUGCUUUGUUUCCGUUCUUAUAUUUAUUACGUAUUUUGUGUGUUUUUUUAUAUUGUAGGUUUGGUAUUCCCUGUUUAGGGAAGCUUUUAUCAUUUGGACUACUGUAUUUUAAUAUUUUGUUGGAAGGCGCCCAGAGUGGCUGGGGAAACCCAGCCAGGUGGGCGGAGUAUAAAUAAAUUAUUAUUAUUUAUUAGAGGUUAAAAUCAGAGGGUGUUUUUGGUAGUCCCGCCCUGUGGAACGCUCUCCCAGCAGAUGUCAAGGAGAUAAACAACGAUCUGACUUUUAGAAGACAUCUGAAGGCAGCCCUGUUGAGGGAAGCUUUUAACGUUAGAUGUUUUAUCGUGUUUAUAAUAUUCUGUUGGGAGCCGCCCAGAGUGGCUGGGGAGGCCCAGCCAGAUGGACAGGGUACAAGUAAUAAGUUAAUUCUUGAUAUUAUCUGGAAUCCCCACCCCUUUGCAACAAGGCGAGGACUCGAAGCAUCUCAGGGCUUUUGCCUCACUCUCUCCCGCAUCCCCAGACGCGGGUGGCGCUGUGGGUAAAACCUCAGCGCCUAGGGCUUGCCGAUCGCAUGGUCGGCGGUUCGAAUCCCCGCGGCGGGGUGAGCUCCCGUCUUUCGGUCCCAGCUCCUGCCCACCUAGCAGUUUAAGUGCAAGUAGAUAAAUAGGUACCGCUUUAUAGUGGGAAGGUAAACGGCGUUUCCGUGUGCUGCGCUGGCUCGCCAGAGCAGCUUCGUCACGCUGGCCACAUGACCCGGAAGUGUCUCCGGACAGCGCUGGCCCCCGGCCUCUUAAGUGAGAUGGGCGCACAACCCUAGAGUCGGACACGACUGGCCCGUAUGGGCAGGGGUACCUUUACCUUUACCUCCCGCAUCCCUGUUCUCUUCCAGCUUCUGAAUCAGUUUGAGAACACGGGGCCUCCUCCGGCGGACAAGGAGAAAAUCCAAGCGCUCCCCACGAUCCACAUAACAGAGGAACACGUAGGUUAGUCUCUUUUUUUCUUCCGCAUUUCUUUUCUCCUCUCACUCCCUCCCCCCAAAAUAUACCGUAUUUUUCACUCCAUAAGAUGCACUUUUUUAUCCUCCUAAAAAGUAAGGGGAAAUGUCUGUGCGUCUUAUAGAGUGAAUGUGUGGUCGAUCGCUGGCUCCCUUGCCCAGGCCUCCAUUGCUGAAUGUUCGGCAGACAGAGGCUGUUUGUUUCCCCAGCGACAUGUGACUGGCUGAUUAGAUUAUCUGUCUGGGAAGAAGCUGCAGAACUGUGAGCUGAACCCCAUAAAAACAGGAUUUUUUCCCCUUUGCAAAGUAAACUCAACCGCUUUGAGCUGAUCCUCAAAAAAGGGGGCUUUUCCCCUUUGCAAAAAAACUGUGAACUGAUCCCUCCCAAAACCGGGGCUUUCCUCCUCUAAAAACUAGGUGCGUCUUAUUGAGUGAAAACUACGGUAACAUCUCAUGACAUCGCUUGUUUUUAUGCUUGGUUUUUCUGAUUUCUUCCUCUUGCCCUUUGAGAUAGAUAGAUAUGGCAUUUGUAACUUCAGACAGGGUCAACGUGGGGGCAUUCUUCGGGAUGGAGGGAAAAGGGACAUAGCAGAGCCAGUUUCUGCACAAAAACAGACUCGCACCCCUUUUCUAAACCCUUCAUCCAGUCGAGCUGGCGGCACGGCCAGAGGCCAGGGGUCGAAACGUUGGUUGUGCAAACGACGCGAUCAGUGCCGGAUUUACGUAAAUAUAAUACAAGAUAAAAUAUAAGAUAAAAACAAAAUAAAACAACAUACAACAACAGUGUUUUGUGUUGUGUAGGCUCCUGUGAUGUAAGUCAUAGGCCCCGCCUGCUCGCCUGCUCCCGAAAACAGGCAUAGGCAAACUCCAGCCCUCCAGCUGUUUUGGGACUACAAUUCCCAUCAUCCCUAGCUAACAGGACCAGUGGUCAGGGAUGAUGGGAAUUGUAGUCCCAAACAUCUGGAGGGCCAGGGUUCGCCCAUGCCUGCCCUAAAAUAUCACUGGUUUGCUCAUUUCCAUAUAUAGGGUGCCUACAUUCUGUAUGUGCAAAUGGCUUGAGAUACCUAUUAGGUCCAUAAAUUACCUAUAGCACAUAUUCAGCACAAAAAAACAGUGACCGUUUGUUGUGGUCAAAGGACAGCUGGACAUAUAAAGGGCCCCAUUACCUUCAGUAGCUUAGGGCCUCAUCAAACCUAAAUCUGGCCCUGGAUGCGAUCGUACCGUAUAUAAAAAGGUAAAGGGACCCCUGACCGUUAGGUUCAGUCGUGGCCGACUCUGGGGUUGUGGCGCUCAUCUCGCUUUCCUGGCCGAGGGAGCCGGCGUACAGCUUCCGGGUCAUGUGGCCAGCAGGACUAAGCCGCUUCUGGCGAACCAGAGCAGCGCACGGAAAUGCCGUUUACCUUCCCACCGGAGCGGUACCUAUUUAUCUACUUGCACUUUGACGUGCUUUCGAACUGCUAGGUUGGCAGGAGCAGGGACCGAGCAACGGGAGCUCACCCCGUCAUUGCGGGGAUUCGAACCGCCAACCUUCUGAUCGGCAAGCCCUAGGCUCUGUGGUUUAACCCACAGCGCCACCCGUGUCCCUGUACCGUAUAUAACUCCAGUUAAAUUCAAGUAAAUUCCUGGUGGGGGCCAGAGAGUAUUUCACUUGACUGUUGUGGAAAUUCCGGGGGAGCAGGGCUGUAAAUAUUUUUUAAGGAUCACAAAUCUCCCAGCCCACGUGGAAGGAAAAGUGUGCCCACAACCGCACAAAACGUCGUUGCUUCUUUUGCCAGGUUUUUCCCCUCCCCCUUUUUAAUUCUUUGUUUAUUUAUUGCAACGUGGGCCAGUAAAUCAACCCAAGGUUCCUUGUUCUGCAACCGCAGGUUCCGGUCUGGAGUGUCCCGUCUGUAAGGAAGAUUAUGAAGCGGGCGAGAGCGUGCGGCAGUUGCCCUGUAAUCAUUUGUUCCACGACGGCUGCAUAGUUCCAUGGCUGGAGCAGGUGAGUCGCGAAGAGAGAGAAUUUCAAUACAGUGGCACCUUGGUUCUCAAACUGAAUCCCUUCAGGAAGUCCGUUCCAAAACCAAAGCGUUCCAAAACCAAGGCGCGCUGCUUUCCCAUAGAAAGUCAUGCAAAACGGAUUAUUCCGUUCCGGACUUUCAAAGACAAUCCCUGAAACAGCAAUUUUACAUGAGUUUUACUAUCUAACGAGACCAUUGAUCCAUGAAACGAAAGCGAGAAUCAAUGCACUGUGCUAUAAAAUAAACAAGACAAAAUUAAAACUAGUUUUUCCCCUUACCUGCACUGAUGAUGGUCAUUGUUUGGAUGGGGCAAGUGUGGGGUCCAGCGCCGAGGGCCUUCUGGCGGUUCCCUCGCUGCGAGAAGCAAGAUUACAGGGAACCAGACAGAGGGCCUUCUCGGUGGUGGCGCCCACCCUGUGGAACGCCCUCCCAUCAAAUGUCAAGGAGAUAAGCAGCUAUCCUAUUUUUAAAAGACACCUGAAAGCAGCCCUGUUUAGGGAAGCUUUUAAUCUUUGAUGCUGUAUUGUUUUUAACACUCAAUUGGAAGCCGCCCAGAGUGGCUGGUGAAAAAAAAGGAGCCCUGACCAUUAGGUCCAGUCGCGGCCGACUCUGGGGUUAUGGCGCUCAUCUCGCUUUACUGGCCGAGGGAGCCGGCGUACAGCUUCCGGGUCAUGUGGCCAGCAGGACUAAGCCGCUUCUGGCGAACCAGAGCAGCGCACGGAAACGCCGUUUACCUUCCCGCCAGAGCAGUACCUAUUUAUCUACUUGCACUUUGAUGUGCUUUCGAACUGCUAGGUUGGCAGGAGCAGGGACCGAGCAACGGGAGCUCACCCCGUCGCGGGGAUUUGAACCGCCGACCUUCUGAUCGGCAAGUCCUAGGUUCUGUGGUUUAACCCACAGCGCCACCCGCGUCCCAUUGGGCGGGGUAUAAAUAAUAAAUUAAUAUUAUUAAAGUCAAGUGCCAGUGUUAGAAAUUAGACCGGGCGUCUACGGAAGCGACGGCCCGUCUCAAUUUCUCCCUUUUCGCGUUUCGUUCCAGCACGACACCUGCCCCGUCUGCCGGAAGAGCCUCAGCGGACAGAACACUGCCACCAAUCCCCCGGGACUCUCGGCGAUGAACUUCGCCUCCUCGUCUUCCUCCUCCUCCUCCUCCUCCUCUAGCUCGCCGAGUAACGAGAACGCGGCGAACAACUCGUGAGAGCGGAACGGCGGGGCGGGAGGUUUUGGGGGGGGAGUCGGGUCGGAAAACGAAACACACCUUUCGAUCGCAAGCAAAAAACGAAACAAAAACGUCGCUGCUCUCGCGCCCCUUUUGUCGCCUCGCCCUCUUCCUCCCCACCUGGCGAAACUGGGGGGGGCGGGCGGGUGUCUGUGGAGGGGUGGGAAUGGGAGAGGAACCCUCCCCCCCAGCCCUGGAACACAGAGCAAAGGGGGCAGGGUGUGGGGCAGGGGAAGCAGAACGCGACCCCCCCCCACGACACAUUUCCCCCUUGAACCACGAUGACACCGAGGUCCUUCGCACACACACACACAAACACACCCUUGUCUCUUCGCCCCCCCCCCCCCCGCAAGGGUGUUUCGGGCGCUCUCCCGUUUUGUUUCCUCCGGGAUGGGUGCGGGGGGUACGAGGGAAGCCCACCCUUUUUAAAAAAAACGCGGACUCUUUGAGGAAAAACCCGGCAACGGAACGUGGAAGCACUGAAGUGAGACUUUUUGGGGUUUUCUCCUUUCUUUUUUUUUUUUUUUGAGCGGAAAUCGUUUUUGUUAGUAGCUUGGUUUGUUUUUUUUUAAAAGCAUUUUGACCAUCUUUUUUGAGGGGGUCUCUUUUCAGUUCCUCAAGCCUUUUGACGUUCCCUCUUCCCUCCCGUCCCAACCUAAUGGAUUUUUCUACUUCCUAGCUGGGAGAAAGAAAGCCAGCCAAGGAAGGGUUUUUUUGGGGGGGGGGGGACAGGUCGUGUGCAGAAAGCAUACCCUAACAACCGGACCCACAUUUUCAGACUCGUUAGUUUCCUCUGCCCCGCUCCCUCCCCUGUUUUAACAUCACCCUUUCCCUCCCCCCCCUUUUUUUUCUUUUUUGGGCAGCCCGGCGUUGAGAAAGGGGUUUUUAUAAUGUUAAAUUAUUACUGCUGUUGAAAUAAACGGACAUUUCAGCUCGGAUCCUGUACACGCAUGUUUGGGUUCGUUCCCGCAUCUUCGAGUUAUAAACGCCUGAUUUGACACGGUGGCCUAAUUUUAUCGCCUCCUUGGGAGAAACCCUCAGUCGGUGGAGCGUGAGAGUCUGAAUUUCAGGGCCGUGGGUCCGAGCCCCAAGUUGGACAAAAGAUUCCUGCGUUGCACGGCAUUUGUGGUCCCUUCCAACACUAUGAUCUAUGAACUUGUCCUGGAAUGGAAAAAUCAGGCCUCAGAUCUAAGUCGGGGAUGGCCAACUUGACAUCUUCUUGAUCCCCCGCUGUCAUCCAUGUUGGCUAGCAACAAUAGGAGUUGAAAGUCCUUUUACAUCUGCAGGGAUGUCCCGGUUCUUAGAAGAAGCAAUUCUUCUCUUCCGGAGGGAAUGUCUCUACAGUGGUACCCUGGUUCUCUUAGGUUUCCUGUUUAAAUUGCUCCUUCACAGGGACUAGAAGCUUGAACAUCUUCGGUUAGGGCUGCGAGAGAUUCACGGUCCGUGUAGAAAAUGCUUUAUUUAAAAAGAUAAUAAUAAUCAGUGCUUUCACCCCCAAAAUACGUUUAGGGGUGGUCUCAUUUUAACUCAAGAAAAUCACCAUUUUGUAGUUCAGAUCAGCCCUUCAUGGGGACUAGAAACUUGAUCUGCUGGAUCAGAGGCCAGUGGCCCAUGCGGUCCAGCCUUUUGCCCUCGCAGUGGCCAAAUUCCCCCAUAGAUAGAGCCUAGGAAUCCAAAUAGACGGCCUCUGGAGCUGGGGGUUCCACAAGCUCAGGAGUCUCGGCGUAUUGGCCCAAACCUGUGACGUCAUGAACCAUCUGUUUCCCCGCCAAAUGUAAUUUUUUAAUUUGCUGUGUACCUUGUAGACAAUACAGUGAUACCUUGGUUCUCAAACUUAAUCCGUUCCAGAAAUUCCGUUCCAAAACCAAAGCGUUCCAAAACCAAGGCACGCCUCCCGAUAGAAAGUAACGCAGAACGGAUCAAUCCGUUCCAGGCUUUUAAAACAACCCCUAAAACAGCAGUUUAACAUGAAUGUUACUAUCUAACAAGACCAUCGAUCCAUAAAAUGAAAGCAAUAACUAAUGGGCUGUUCUACAAAAUAAAUACGACAGUACAGUGGUACCUCGGUUUAAGAACAGUCCGGUUUAAGAACAAUUUGGUUUGCAAACUCCGCAAAACCGGAAAUAGUGUCCCGGUUUGAGAACUUUACCUCUGUCUACGAACGAAAGCCGAACGGUGGAAGGGCACCAGCGGUGGGAGGCCUCAUUAGGGAAAGCGCGACUUGGUUUAAGAACGGUUUUGGUUUAAGAACGGACUUCCGAAAUGGAUUAAGUUCGUAAACCGAGGUACCACUGUAUUGUAGAUG